AUGAGAAUUGAACCUGAGGAAAAAGUCUUUCGAGUUACAGAAAGAAUUUCUUUAUUCUUCUUCUUUUUCAAUCACCUUGAUAGACAAGCCUUCGCGAAUGCAUACGUAGCCGGUCUGAAAGAAGCUCUCGACCUGAGCGGCAACCAGUACAAUGUUUUGCUGUCGAUGGCCUCAGCAGGAAUGCUGGUAGGACAAAUACCAAGCGCCAUAAUUAUUCAUAAAGUCAGACCGAGAAUAUGGCUCUCCUCUUUGGUGGUCGUAUGGGCUGGCUUGACUAUGGCGAGUGCAGCUUGCAAGACUUAUUCUCAACUCUGUGCUGUGAGAUUCCUUAUGGGUUUGGCUGAAGCUAGUACUUAUGCUGGAUCGAUAUACAUCAUGGGAUCAUGGUACAAAUCCAACGAAAUUGCCAAGCGAACAGCCAUGUUCACAGUAGCAGGCCAAAUAGGCAAGAUGUUCGCCGGAGCAAUGAUGGCAGCCAUCCACGAAUCCAUGGAAGGUCACGCAGGACUUGCAGGUUGGCAAUGGGUAUUCCUGAUCGACGGAAUCAUCACACUUCCCGUCGCUGUGUUUGGCUUCUUUUUCUUUCCUGAUGUACCGGAGUAUACUGAUGCGCCGUACUUGAAUGAGAAGGAGAGACAAUUAGCGCUUGAUCGGCUGCCUCCGAAGAAGGAGGAUGGGCAUAGUAUUCAGGCUUGGAGCUUGGUUAAGAGGGUUAUGGGAAAUCCAUUGCUAUACAUCUGUUGUGUCUUUGCUGUUCUCGGAUCCGCGCUGCAGUCUUACGUCGUCCAGGGUCUUAUGCUCCUCUACCUCAAGUUCCGCAAAGACAUCGACGGCUUCACACAAUCCGAAGUCAACACGCUCCCCAUCCCAACUCACGCCGUGGGCAUCGUCGCCGAACUAUCAGUAUCCUUCUUCAUGGAUCGCUACAACCGACGCUUAUCCCUCGGCUUCAUCCUCUGCGCGAUCCAGAUCAUCUGCAGCAUCGUCCUUCUAAUUCCAAACAUGACAGUCGCAGGCAACCUCACAGCCUUGUACCUCUCAGCCUCAGCAUACGGCAUCAACCCGCUCUUGUACGGUUGGGCAAGCAAUAUUCUUGCUAGAACGGCCGAUGAUGCUGCAAGGAGUGUGACGCUUGCUUCGAUGACGGCUAGUGAUGGGUUGCUUUGGACGUUUUGGGGUAUUGUGUUGUUUCCGGCUGAUCAUGCGCCUUAUUGGCGGAAUGGAUACAUUGGUAUGCUGUGUGUGAGCGUAGUACUUGGUGGGUGGUUGUUUGUGGUUCGAUGGGUAAGUCUUGUCACUGAACAGAAGUGGAUGUUGGCUAAUGGGACGUAG